GCAAACCGAUUGGAUGUGCAAAGUUUCGAUGCUGUCACACAUCGUUGUUCACAGUGAAAUUGAUUCGUUUUCGUGAUAAAAAGUGUCGUUGCUGUCAGAAUUGACAAAAACACAAACCAAAUAAUAAAUAAAAGUGGUUAUUCUUCAUUUGUUGAAAUCAAGUGAAAAAUAAAAAAAAACCAUAACCAACAUUUUUUUAAAUAAAUUGUUGGGUUUUUUUUCUCUCUCUCUCUGUCUAUCUCUCUCUCGCUAAAGCCAUAAAAUCGGUUUGCUCUAUUUUGUAUUGUGCGGCACACAACUUUGUUCUCAAAACAAACGGUUUUUGGGUGGUGUUGUUAAAAAAAUUUUCUCAGUCUUGUUCGUCGAGAGUUAACGAGUGGUCGAUUUUGUCAUAUUUGUAACUGUGUGUCUGCCACACCAAAAGAAUUUCGCGUUUCGGUGAAUAUACGGGAGAUAAAUUUAUUUUUCGGUGAUACUUUUUUUUAAAUCAAAACACAUCAAUAGUAAAGACAACCGAAUGUCGGAGAUUAAAAUGGAUGAACAAGCCCAAGAGAGAGAUGGAUUGGCGGAAAAAGAAAUAGAAUUGGAAGAGACCGAUGGAAUCUCGAAACCUUAUAAGGUUCGGAACGUAUCACGCGAUGAAUGUAAAGGUAUUUCUGCCAUAUCAUUGGAAGAUGUGAAAAAGAAGGCGGCCAAACGGUAUAAUCACUCGGAUUUACCCAAAAUUCAUUUGGAUGCAGACGGCACUGAGGUCGACGAUGAAGACUACUUUCAAACGCUUGAUGGAGACACUGAAUUGGUUGCCGUAUUCGAGGGCGAAAAAUGGAUUGAUCCAGCAAAAUACAUCGUUAAAACCAGCCGAAGCUCAGGCGAUAUGACGGAUAGUACGAUCCACGGCAGAUGUGUAAAUUUGCGGAAUAUCGUUCUACAAUUAAAAAAUGAUUUGACCAAUAUAUCGGUGUUGAGCGAUCCAGAGCUACAAAUGAUCACAAACAUGGACAAUGAAACGGAAGAGGACGAGGAAUUUGUCCAUCGUUUGAAAGAAGUAUCAACCAGAUUCUUACAAGAUAAACAAAUCGCUAAUGAUGCAAUUAGAGUGUUAAAAUUGAUUUCCACGGAUCAAGGUGUUAAAUUGGAAACGCAUGGAGCUGAAAACACAUCCGAUCAACAACAAGAAACCAACGAAUUGACCAUAAAUUUGGAUAGCAGCCAACAAACACUAACCGGUUCAGCUGUAAUUGAACAACAGUUCCGUUUGACGACUUCAAAUCCGCCAGACGAUGCAAUCGAACAAGUGCCCAUCGAACAACCAUCGACUUCAAUUAAUGUGAAAAAACCCACUUCGGAGGAUAUUUGAUAUAAGUUUAAGCAUUUCAUGCAUCGGAUGUGCUUCUGCAAUACCAUUCAUUCGCUAAAAACAUAAAUUUGCUGGAGUUUUGAUUUAUUCGUCAUUUCUUAUCACACCCGUGAAUUUUGGCAGCCCAUUGCAGCUCCGCAAUUCUCUUUUUAUUCAUUUUUUUUCUCACACUCUAUUUGGGGUAAGUGGUGAACGACUGAUCAAAGCACAAAACCACACAAAUACACUUUGCUCAGUCAACACAUAAAAUCCUUAUGAAUUUACUUGAAUCAAAAUAUAAUGUACAUAAAUAUCACAACUAAAUAUACACAGGAAAAAACUACGGUUUAUACCAAA